ACCAACGGCGGCAUUACGACGAUCACCAAGCGCACUGGCGGGCUGAUCGUAGUGCCCUCUACCUCCCAGCGGCUUAUCGACAACUCAACUACCAACGUGCGUCUCAAGGAUAACCAAUCUCAUCAUCAUCACCACCAUCAUCCUAAGAACAAAAUGCAAAACCAAACAGGAAAAAGCUACGCUUCGCCGUACUGCGCAAGCGUGGAGCCAAUUUAUGCCGUCGUCAAUAAGGAAACUAAGCGAAAACAUGUCGCAUCCAAAAUGACCAGUGAUGCUGUAAAUAACAACCCGAGCGAUACAAAUACCGACCAGCGAGAUAUUAUACUGAAGGACUCGCCAGAAGACGACUACGCAACCCCUUCGUUUUUGCUGAGGCCUGUGCCUGACGAGAUAGUCGGGAAAAAUAGACGAUCGGAAAAAGAUGAUGCUUCAUUUACCAACAAUAGUGGAAGCGAUAAGGUCACAGCUAAAUGCAAGUAUAAUAAGCAACUUCUGAACUACAAGAAUAACUUCGAUAAAGCUGACUGUCAAGAUCAUGAUAUUUUUUCCGUCAUGGACGAAUAUAGCACGCAUCAAAACUCUACAAUUCUAGAACUCGAUAACAUACCGGCUAUCGUGAAAGUACCAAUAGCCAGCUUCGAGCAAGAUCUAGAAGAAGAAUGGUGCACUAAAACAUCCAUGUUAAUUCAGGACGAAAAGGAAUGGUCCUGUCGUAAAUGUACACUCGUGAAUUCUAGCACAGUAUUGGCGUGUGCAGCCUGCGGUGGUUCAAAGCUCCGCAGUAUAUGUAACGUCGAGGAAAUGACGCUGAAAAAGGGCGAGUUUUGGACUUGUGCCAAGUGCACGCUCAAAAAUUCAAUCCUACAGCCAGAUUGUAGCGCUUGUAAAUCACUUCGCCCGACUUUAAAGGCUGUGGCCAUCGCGAACGAAUCUCUGGAGCUGUCUCAACUAGCCACGAACCGGCUCAUAUUGGGUCAGUGCGAUGAACCUUCAAAUAGUCGCUCCAGCUCAGCGCCGGGCGUCCCAGCAGGGGAAUCUGGAGCAAUUCCAAAGCACCAACUACCAGCCGCGCUCUGCCAACCGACGGUAAAAGUAGCUAACCCACUACAAGUGGUCACCAUCCCCAAACGUACCUGGCAAUGUCCUGCGUGUACGUACGAAAAUUCACUCGCCUGUGUGGUCUGCGAUAUCUGCUCGAGUCAUCGACACAUUGACACCUGCGGUCUCGUUCUUUGGCAACAGCAGCAACAACGUCAGCGAAGCGACCGAUUGGCGGACAACCAGCGCCAGCUAGACGAUAUCGAUGCACUGAACCGCUGGCGCAGUAUCAUUGAGUAUUGUCUCGAGAACGGACAGGCGUUUGUAGAUGACUCGUUUCCACCUGCUACGAAAAGUCUUUACUAUCAGCCGACGUCGAACGUUGACAGUAAUCCAGUCGCGCAGUGGCGACGACCACAUGAAAUCAUAUGCGAAGGUGGCAGCAGUCAAGGGUCGUUGAUGCCUAUGUGGGCCGUUUUUCGCACACCGCUACCAUCGGACAUCUGUCAGGGCGUACUGGGCAACUGUUGGCUGCUGAGUGCACUAGCAGUGCUGGCCGAGCGCGAAGAUCUAGUUCGCGAGGUGCUGUUAACUAAGGAGAUCUGCCCACAGGGUGCCUAUCAGGUUAAACUGUGCAAGGAUGGUCGCUGGACGACCGUGCUAGUGGACGAUUUGCUUCCUUGCGACAAACGUGGUCAUCUUGUGUACUCGCAGGCGAAGCGAAAACAGUUGUGGGUGCCACUGAUCGAGAAAGCUGUAGCGAAGCUACACGGUUGCUACGAAGCGCUCGUAUCUGGUCGAGCAAUCGAGGGACUAGCCACUCUGACGGGGGCACCGUGCGAAAGCAUUCCAUUGCAGGCCAGUUCUUUGCCACUGCCUAGUGAAGACGAUCUCGAUCGCGAUCUAAUAUGGGCACAGUUGCUAAGCUCACGGUUGGUUAAGUUUUUGAUGGGUGCCAGUUGUGGUGGUGGCAAUAUGAAAGUUGACGAAGAUGAAUACCAGCGGAAAGGCUUGCGGCCCCGUCAUGCCUAUUCGGUGUUAGACGUGCGUGACAUUCAAGGACAUAGACUGUUGAAGCUGCGCAAUCCAUGGGGACACUUUUCGUGGCAAGGUGAUUGGUCAGACGAUUCUGAGCUAUGGACUGACGAAUUACGGGACAGUCUGAUGCCCCACGGUGGUUCGGAAGGAGUUUUUUGGAUAUCAUUUGAGGAUGUGUUAAGAUACUUUGAUUGUAUCGACAUAUGCAAGGUGCGGUCGGAGUGGAAUGAAGUACGUUUGUUUGGCACUUUGCAACCUUUAAGAGCUUUAUCAUGUGUACUAAUCACGGUUUUAGAGCCGACAGAAGCCGAGUUCACCCUAUUUCAAGAGGGCCAACGAAAUUCGGAAAAAUCCCAGCGCUCACAGCUGGAUCUUUGCGUUGUGCUAUUCCGCACUAGAAAUCCAGCUAAUCCGGAAGUUGGUCGGCUUGUAGAACAUAGCAAGAGACAGGUUCGGGGCUUUGUCGGCUGCCACAAAAUGCUGGAAACUGACCUGUACAUGCUGGUCUGUCUCGCUUUCAAUCAUUGGCACACGGGAAUUGAUGAUUUCAUGCAGUAUCCACAAUGCGUACUGGCGAUACACAGCUCGAAGCGGCUGUUAGUAGAGCAAAUUACACCGCCUCCGUUUCUACUAGCCGAUGCCAUUAUCAAUCUAACGUUGGCUAAGGGUCAGCGUCACGAAGGACGCGAAGGCAUGACUGCGUACUACUUGACCAAGGGCUGGGCCGGCCUGGUGGUCAUGGUUGAGAAUCGGCAUGAAAACAAAUGGAUACACGUGAAAUGCGAUUGCCAGGAGAGUUACAAUGUUGUUUCGACGAGGGGUGAGCUCAAAACAGUCGAUUCCGUACCACCUCUACAGCGCCAGGUAAUCAUAGUGCUUACACAAUUGGAGGGUAGCGGUGGGUUCAGCAUAGCGCAUCGCUUAACGCAUCGGUUAGCUAACUCCGGUGGCUUGCACGACUGGGGACCACCGUCUUCCACACAUUAUCCUCCUAUUGAAAGCGUUUCUGAGCUGCACUCGCCUCGAAUGAUAACCUAGAAUCUGAUGUCAUCAAAUAGCGGGAAAACUGCGGAUAAAC